GGGGAGGGGGAAUGAGUGACGCUUAUCUACAAUGUGAACCCCGAUAAAUAUCGUACGACGACGCGCACAAACGCGGGCGGAAUCUCAACGAACUCUGACCGGUUUAUCGUACUGCAUCAUCUCGUGCCUCGCGGAGCAAACACGGCGGCCUCAGCAGACUGCAGCCCGCAUACGACAUCGUCAGACACCCCUGCGACAGCGGACGUCAUCCCGAAAAAUUCACACAAAAGCAUUAAACACGUGCCGCUUGUCAGUUGCUCAAAGCGUGACGUCAAUGAAAACUGAGCAUCUGAUUGGCUGCUGACGCACACACCUCUCCUUUGCUCGGAGCGAAAACUCCUCAGUCGCCAUGGCAGGUACUGCAAGCCGAUUUGUAUAACCUAGUAACAGCACAGCGGAGUCUACGACCGCGAGUCUGAUGCUUCGUCAAGGACAAGAAGUGGCCCUGGAAUCUCACAGGAAAAGCCUAUGAAACCUCAUGCAUUAGUGCUACCAACAAGUAGACUGGCAUUAUGGCUCACUUUGGUCUGCUUCUCGACAUUGAUGGGGUCAUCGUUCGAGGCCGGAAAGUGAUCUCGCAUGCUGUCAAGGCAUUCCAAAAACUGGUGGACUCAAAGGGCAGAUUCCGAGUGCCAACCAUAUUUGUUACAAACGCUGGCAACUCUCGGCGACAAGACAAAGCUGAUCAACUUUCAAAAUGGCUAGGAGUCCACAUCACGGAAGAACAGGUGGUCAUGUCUCACAGUCCACUGCGCAUGUUUCAGCAGUUUCAUGACAAGCACUGCUUGAUCUCUGGACAAGGCCCCAUCGUAGACAUUGCACAUGGGCUAGGCUUUACAAGAGUCUCUACGGUCGAUCAUUUGCGAUCUCAUUUUCCACUCUUGGAUGCUGUAGAUCAUAAACGAAGACAAACUGAGCCUUCACCCUAUGAACGAUACUUUCCAAGGGUUGAAGCUGUGGUGUUGUUUGGUGAGCCAGUGAGGUGGGAGACAAGCCUGCAGCUGAUAAUAGACGUGCUCAUGACGAACGGCCUUCCAUGCACUGCCGCACCUGCCAUUCCUUACCCACACCUGCCCAUCUUGGCUUGCAACAUGGACCUGCAAUGGAUGGCUGAGGCAUGUCUUCCAAGGUUUGGUCACGGGGCCUUUCUAGUCUGUUUGGAGAAUUUGUACAAGAAAGUAACCGGUAGGGACAUGAUCUACACAGCACUAAUCGGAAAGCCCAGCGAGAUAACAUACCUGCACGCUGAGUCCUGUGUUCAGGAAGAAGCCCAUAGGCUCGGUAUCACUCACCCAGUGCGACGCCUGUUUGCCAUUGGCGACAACAUAAACACCGACAUCUAUGGUGCCAAUCUGUACAACCGCUACCUGGAGCGCCGUCGAAAGGAUGACUUUCCAAAGGCAAUUCUGGCAGCUGGCUCCAAUUCUGCCCGUCAAGCAUUGAACUCCACCAUGUCCAAAGACUCCCAGUCCACUGUUGGGAUGAUGGGCAACUGCGGAGCCGUGAGCUGUACAUCUGUGCUGGUGCACACAGGCGUGUACAAUGAAGACCUGCACGACGAUGCGUGCGAGCACACGCCACGCGACUUCCUGCCCGUUGAAGUCGGCCUCAAAGAGCCAGCAUAUCGCGUCGACAACAUCCUCUCCGCCAUAGAACUAAUCUUUGAUCAGGAGGGCUUUUCUUGAUGACAGCACAACACCCUAUGGCUUGAAAUGAGGAUUCUUCUGCGCACACCUCUGCUUUUUUAUAUAUAUAUAGGGAUUUCGGUUUUGUGAAGUCACCCCCCCCCACACACACACACACACACACGCACACACUUUUUGUUUUUCAAGCUGCCACCACCGUCUUCAUUUGCUUCUUGUUUGCUUUAUGACGCAUUUCAACACAUAAAGACUAUGUGCCCAUUAACCACCCGCAUUGGGGCUGCAUUAUAUGGGGUGGUCAUCUUUAAGAUCAUCUUAAGUUAUGGAAUUUUCAAAAAUUGCAAAUAAUUAAAUUCAAAUCCUUGAGCUGGAUUGUUGAUAGAGGCAGACAUUACUUGGCCGAAAAAUGGAAACACAUAUUCAACUAAAUAACAAAAAUUCACUAAUUAUUAACUUCAUGCCACAUAUUGCAGUAUAUGAAUUAUAGCUGGUGAGUUUGUCAAGCAAAACAACACUCUUUUAUGCAUUCAAGCACAAAAGUAACUGGAAAGCCUUGUAUUUCAUCCCACACUUCGGGAAAUAAUAUUUUGAAAUCGAUGUCAUCCUGGAAAUUAAUUUUAAGUAGCCAGUGAGUUUGCAAGACGCAUCGUCUUGCAAACUCACUGGCUACAAUUCAUAAAUUGCAAUAUGUGCCGUAAUGUAAUUAAUUUAGAAGUUAGUAAUUUUUUUUUGUUAAUUAGUUGAAUAUGUGUUAUGAUUUCUCGGUCUAGUAAUGUCUUCCUCUUCGAAUAAUCCAGCUCAAGGACAAGAAUUAUGCUAUCUGUCGCAGGCAAUCUUUGAAUAUUCCAUAAAACUUGAAAAUGAUCACCCUGUAUGCGGUGUGCAAAACAGAUAUUUUAUUAUAUUAAUUGUGUAUAAUUAUUUUAUGCAUCUACUUUGUGGCAAUAGCAGAUGGUUGAGACUAUCUAUCUGUCUGAGUGGGUUUUGAGCUGGAAGAGGAUAAGUUAUUUUUUCAAAGAAUUUGACAGGUCGGAGAUAGCAUCUUGCUGCUUGCGCAGUGGAAGCUUGUAUACUCCUUUAGGCACCAUGAUGGCCAAGUUAAAUUCAUUUUUCAGCAUUUACCGCAAGUGAAGUGACAACCAUUCCAGAAUAACAUGCAGUGUCAGUUCCACACUAGCAUGCUGUAUAAAAACUGUCAUCACUCCUGAUACUAUCAGGCAAAAAUGAUAGGAAUAAUGCUUGCUGAAUUCAUUGGUACUACAAUGGAUGUUUCACAGUGAAAACGAAAGGUGUUGAUUGUUUGUAGGUCACCUGUAGCUUGGUGGCUGUGCUUUUUUACUUGUUUCAUGAAGCCACUUCUGUAUGAGGCUGUUGAGUUACAUGAAAAGAAAGGUCAUGUACAACUGGAAGUCAGUUUGUUGAUGACCCAGAGUGCACUUAGCCUGGAAGUAGUAAGACUGACUUUGCCAUGCACUUCUCAUGACUCUUUGGAAUGGUUACAGGCAGCACAACUUUGGCAUAUCAAACAGCAGCUACUAGUUUACAGAAGCUUAGUGCACAAGAAUGGAUGGUGCAUUUCUUUCGUAGUUUUUACUUGAAAUGUAGACGGGAAGGAAGAAGAGCAUUUCAGUUGUUUGUUGCCAGAAGACUUUACGACUUCAUUUUAUUCCUAACAUUGCACAUGUGAACCAAACUACAACACCAUUUUGACAAGUGCUUGUAGUUCUGUUUAUGGAUGCCUUACAGAUUAUGCUCCACUUCUAUCAAAUGUUGAGCAGUUUGGGUGCAAUAAAUUUUUAGUCCAACAAAAGGUUUAACUCAAGAAUUGCUGUUUCCUAUAAUAUGUAAGCCUUGUUUGCAUGUUCCUGCUAUUAUUGCUUUUUUUUUAUGUAGCUACAAUAUUGCAUUGAUUAAAUUUGUUCCAAGGCUUGGCACUUUUCAUUAUGUGGAAGAGUAUAGAUAGAUUGAAUUGUGCAGAUUGUAGUCUCGUAAAUCUACACAAUGUAACAUCAUCUGUAGUCACAUGGGGAAGUGAUGUUACUCCUUUUCUUGCUGUGUUGUUGGUAGUGCUACUCUGUCGCUUCAAGCAAAAGAAAUGAACGCUGAAGUUUCGAUGCCCUUAUUUCUUUUUAGUUGCAUUUUUAUGAAGCCACGGCUGUCACUGAUUCUGCAGUGUUUGUCACAGUGCUGCCACUGUUUUUUCCUUCUUCGUCUUAUCCUUUGCAUUCGUAGACAUUUUCACUACAUUUAUUCAUGAUUAUUCACGCCACGUACAUAUUGACACCGUGUGCUUGAUACACAGAAGCGAAAACUCUCACGACAUCUUCAUUGUCCGUAAAUUUGCUCAACUUCACGAUGAUUUUCACUGCUACAUUAAUUUAAUGCUGUGGGAAGGGGGCCUGUAAGAGCAGUGUGCAAAUUGUGGCCAACGGAGAGCAGCUUGCACGCUUUUCUUCAAGGUUCCGAAGUCCUCUCACUAAGUGUUUUAAAAACUUGUGUAAUCUUGUGUAAUAUGUUCAUUGUUUGCAGUAACAUCGUGCCACUCACGCGUGCUGUCAAUAUAUCAUCGUACGUGUGUAUGCUUUUGAAACUGUUGCUUACUUUUGCUGCUGUAAAAACUCGAAGCUGAUUGUGCAAGUUUUCUAAGUUCUGUCCUUGCAGGCACAAAUGAAAUGAAUGUGCUUCGAAUUCUGUCUCUUUGAUACUGUAAUCUCAAUUUUUUUCUUGCUUUGUAUGGUGAUGCAGAGUUUAUUCACGCUUCUUUUUAUAAAAAGAGUACUAGGGUGAAUAGUUCUUACAGCUUCCGUGUUCUUUUUUUUCUGGGAAAGCUUAUGUUGGUGAGGUUUCAUUUGAUUCUUUUCUAGUAGGCACUGUGUAACUAUAUUCCUUCAUUAAAAACUUGUCGCAGUACUGUAGUAGAAAAGAAAUUACCUGCCUUGGUCUCUUUAGAAUCGUAGCCUACAUUUGAAUGCUGUAUAAUCAAACUUCAAUAUAACGAACACGGAUAUAGCAGAUUAUUGGAUGUAGUUACAUAAAUCUAAGAUGUUUAUCAUUGAUAUCAAUCGUAAAUAUAUCCUUGUAAUGAAUAUUGGAUUUAACAAAGGUAUUUUUGUGUCAGAUAAGACUUCGUUAUAUUGAGGUUCAGCUAUGUAUGCUGUAUUGCAAAGCAUGAUGUGUGGUUAUGUUCAAGGUUCACGACCUCUUGUUUCUUCAUGCCUUAUGCAAUUUUUUUUGUCAUCUUCCAAGACCACGUUUGUAUGUAUGUGAUGUUUCUUAUGCGCAUGCUAGAGUAUACUUGUCAUUCUGCUUGUUUGGUAACAACAAAGGCAUAAUUUACAGUAGCCACUGCAUGCUAGAAAUAGUUGUUCUGUUUUGAAGUGCCUUUUGUAGCCUCUGCUGAGUCCAGGUUCUGCAUAGCGUUUCCAUCAGCAUGUCACUUUGUUUAAACAAACACUUGAUGUUCUGUUGAAAUGCUGUUGCUUGGAUUUUUAUAUACAUCUUUCAAUAUCUGUCUCUUGGUGAAGAUAGCAAUAGGAUGUUCUUGAACAAAUGUGACUGAGUAGAAUUCCCUUUUAGUAUACUUGAUAGAAUGACAGUAAUUAUUCAUUUACAAGAGAGUCGGUCCUAUGACAUCAGAUGCCUAUUUAUGAAUAAACUGCUGAUACUGAAGCACUA